UUUCCAACCCACUCUUGGAUGUCAACCAGAAGCACACGGAGAGAGAAAGAAGAGAGAGAGUUGUUUCUAGUUUAUAGAAACCCUACAGUAGAACAAAGUGAGAUUUAUUAUCCCGAUCUCAUCGAAUUGAAGAUCUCUCGCACUUGAUUUGAAGAGCGAGUGAUGGCUAAUGCAAAAGGAACAUCGAUCAGAACUGUAGCUUACAAUGGAAAACAAUCUUUACUUCCACCUAAGAGUCCAUUUCCGAGCAUUUCUCCAUCUUAUGCUGACUAUGCUCCAGUUAAAAAUUCAAAACCAACUCAUCAUCAACGUACUUCAUCUGAGAGUCAGAUGGAAGAACAGCCUUCUUGGCUUGAUGACUUACUUAAUGAACCGGAAUCGCCUGUAAGGAGAGGAGGUCAUCGACGUUCUUCUAGUGAUUCGUUUGCUCAUUUUAAAUUGGAUGCAACUAGUGGUUCUAACUUUGACUAUGCAGUUCAGGAUGAGUUUAAUUUUAACAAUAUGGUUUCUGUUCCUUCUUGGGGUGCUCGUGAGUUUGAUCACUAUGCUAUGAGGCCUGCACCUUACUAUGUGGAACCUAUUCCUGUUGGUAAACCUAGGAAUCGAGCUGUAAAUCCUAGAACACAUUCAGUUCGACCUCUAUCUGCCAAAGAAAAUAUUGGUGUUCAAAUCUCUGGAUCGUCAUUUGCUUCACAUGAAGGAGAUAGGGUACCAUCUAGUGGAAGUGAGAAGCAGAAUUCUGGUGAAUCUGUUCUGAAUGAUCAAAAAGCUGCUUCUGAUAAGGAUUCUAAGUCUUCUGCAUCAGAAACCGAGACUAAGCGUGCCAAGCAGCAAUUUGCUCAACGUUCACGUGUGCGUAAACUUCAAUACAUAGCUGAGCUGGAGAGAAAUGUUCAAGUCUUACAGGCUGAAGGGUCUGAAGUAUCUGCUGAACUUGGAUUUCUUAGCCAGCAGAAUCUUAUCCUAAGCAUGGAAAAUAAAGCCCUGAGGCAGCGGUUGGAUAAUUUAGCCCAGGAGCAGCUUAUUAAGCACUUGGAGCAUGAAAUGUUAGAGAGAGAGAUGGGAAGGCUACAAGGGUUGUACCAGCUACAGCAGCAACAGCAGCAGCAACAAGCAUCGUCUAGCCAUAAACGAAGCAACAGCAAAGAUCUGGAUAAGCAGUUUGCAAGCCUUUCUUUAAUGAAACAGGAUGGCAAUUUGGCCACUGACCCAGUAAGUAGAUAAAAUUCAUGUUUGAAGUGGGGAACAGUCCAGUCCCAGGCCAGGCCUCUCAAACUGACCACCAUGGGUAAAACUCUUUUACCAUUCUAGCUUGAGCUGUGCUUUUUCUAUUUUUAAAAACUUCUCGUUAGUUCCAAUUGUCUUUCUCUCUGCGUUUAUGGUUUACCCCAUUACUCGAGUCUAUCUAUCUAUCUAUCUUUCUAUCUUGGAGUCUAAUCUUCUAAAAAACACUUAGCAUCAUCUAUUAAAUAUUGUGCACCUGGUUAGUCACCCCAUGAAAUGGGAUAUAUCGGGGUGGUGACUCUUACCGGAGGUGAUUCACUCUGAAGCCUACUAACUAACCCCUCCCCUCUCUGCCCUAAAACGAAUUUCGUGUAAUGUUUGUUUCAGAGUCAAUUUCUUAAUUUUAGUGUAUGGGAAAAUAUUUUGCACAUAAGGGAGGAAGCUAUCUAGUAGAUUGGUUCCUUCCAUGUUGUAAAAUGUGCUACAAUUGUUAUAACAACAGAGCUUGGUUGGUUGGUUUGUUUGUUUGUUGCUAGUUUCUUUCAUGAAACUUUAAAAAAAAUCAAAAAAACAUAUUUCUUGUGA